AUGCCGCCAACUGCACACCACUUUACUCCGGUCUAUCCUCUGCAUGAGCCUCAGCAGUCAUUUCGUAGCAAGCAAUAUGCUCCUCCUAGGAAGCGGAAAAGACAACAAGACCCCGACGACGACGAUGAAACUGAUGAUUCUGAUUCACACAUCGAACUUCUUCAGCCCUCAGUUUCAUCUCACGACAUCAAUGACCCUUACCGUGUUGCCGGAUGGCCUGAAAGUAUGCCAUUGCCUGGAUCAUCAUUUCCUCAUGCCCCUGCUGUCAAACAGAAAAGCCGCCAACCAUUGUCCAACACUCUCCAGAAUGAGCUUGCAACUCUGAACCCUCCCUUGUACGUCCCGCCUCCAGGCGAACAAGAUUCCACUUCAUCGCUUCGCCGUCAUCAUCUAGGUGUGCUCACUACCAUAUUGCACACAAGUCUUUUGAAACAUGACUUUGUGCGUGCAGGCAGAGCAUGGGGUAUGAUCUUGCGUACCAGUGUCGUUGGUCGACCAUUCGACGUGCGCACACAUGGUCGAUGGGGUAUUGGUGCUGAAAUUUUGAUGCGAAAAUUCUCGCCUCAGAACGACUCUCAGGAGGAGCUCGGCAAUGCAUCAACGAUAAGUGAUCAAGGGCUUGAGGCAGCAAGAGACUAUUACGAACGCUUGAUCCUGCAGUUCCCCUUUCAAAAAACAAACCCGAAUGCGGUAUCAUCGCUAACUUUCUAUCCUGCAAUGUUCGGUCUCUGCAUUUAUGAGAUUCAACAGAAAUGCACUCGGGCUCUUAGAAGCGUUCGCAACUCUUCGCCAGAGGUGGAUCGAUCCGACUCUGAAUUGGAGCCAACCCAGGAUCAGGGUUCAGAAGGUAUCGCUGCCAUCAAACGAUCCGAGCUAGACUCUGCAGCACGCCUUGCAGCUCGUAUGGAUGAGUUGAUGUUGUCUCCUCCUUUUGACACAUACCCUCUACUCUUGCAGUUAAGAGGGUCAGUAGCACUUUGGCUAGCGGAUCUCUACACGACCACAGCCGAGUCGAAUGAUGGUGAUGAUGAGAACAAGGAGCGUGCUUCCAUGGAGCGCUCCAAGGCCAAAAGAUGUAUAGAUAGGAUGAAAGCCGCAGGUGUGGCGGUACCUGAACUAAUGAUGAACGUGCUGGACUGA